UUUCCGGCACAUUUAGCAAUUGUUAGGUUACGUAUUGUUUGUUUCAUUAGUUCUGUGACUCGGUGGCUUUUUAUCAAUGAAUAAAAAAAUUCAUUUCUUCGAUAAUCCGUUUUGAAAUCCAAAGAAGAAUUUUGGUUCUAUCUAGUGUCUAAAAUCGGAUGCAAGAAAUACGAUACACUAGUAGGACGGCAGCAAGCAUAGAUAACCGUCGAGAAUCGAAUUACUGAACAAAAUGCCAAGAGCACGGAUGUUUUCGCGUUCUGUCUUGAACGCUCGUCCACUCAAUAUGACAUUAAACUUGGAGUGCAUAGAGGAACCCCUUAGUGAAGCUCAACUACAAAUAAAAACAAAGCAGAAAGAGAAUUAUGAUAAAGUUGCAGCUAUGCUAGAAGAAUUGAUUAAAGAACAGGGAGCUAAAUUGAUAUGUCAAAUAGGGGAUACCAGUGGUUAUCAGUAUACAGUACCUUCAACACAGACUUCAGCAGCAGUUCAGAAUAACUCGCAGAUUAAUCCUCAGAUUCUAAAUGUUACUCAACAAAAUAAGAAUUCAACACCAAUUAAAUUGAAUAUUACAAGUAAUUCAAGCGGAGGAAACAUGCCUCAAGGAAACAUUCAGCUAGUAGUUGAUCCACGUAUGGGACAUGUUAUUUUGGGACCUGUUACGCAGACUCAAGUUUCAGGUACAACAACUACAACCACAUCUGCAACUUCGACUGUAACUCCUCAGCCUCAACAAGAGAAUUAUAAAUACACCAGAUCUGGACGUAGGACAAAAGUUCUUCAAGUGCAACAACCUGAUAUUAUAGAAGAAUCAGCACCCACAGUUACUCGCGUGAAAUCAAAAACUGCAUCACCACAUGUAUCAAAUAAAGUUUCUGUCACUCCUCAAAAUGUGACAAAUCUCAGAGUGAAGGCUGUUACUAAGACCACUCCUACAGAACACACUAGUAUAGGUGGAAUAUCCAUCGGCAAUAAAAACACAGCAAUUGAACAAAUUGAUGAAUCUAAAAAGAAUCUACCUGAUGGCAGAGAAUAUACGUUUAACAAAACAACUGGUGGCCGAACUUACCCAUCCUUAGUUGUAAUAGCAAGACCAAAUUUACGUAAUAAAGACACUCCACCGCAAGUUGCACAAAAAGAAAGACAGGCAUUAGAUGCCAAAGUUAAAAAUGUGCUCAUGUUUUCUGCUACAAAAUUCGCUGAAUGGUUGAUACAACAAGGCUUAGUAAAAUCGGAACAAUACUGUUUGCAGCAUAGUUCGAACUAUCAGAGACCUAAACUCAAACUGGGAAUGUAUAGCGAUCAAGGAACAUUUCCCUAUUCCGGUGGCUAUGUAUGGAUAUCUAGUUGUUGUCCCGACAGAUUCGUUUCCGUUUUUUCUGGUUCUAUUUUUCAAGGAGCCCAUUAUACACCCACAGUCUUAUUAAAAUUGAUUUAUCAUUGGGCGUGUCAAACUAACGUGCAAAACGUAGUCUCUUGGGUGAAAGUAUCCAAUAUGUACCUAAAAAACUUUUAUACAAAUCUACGUAGCAUUUGUACAGCGGCAGUGUGGGACAAAAGUCGUAAGAUGGGCGGUAAAAAUUCAGUAAUACAAGUCGGUGUGAUUAGUUUAGGCACGACAUCGCAAGAUGGACAUAUGCGACAGGUGAAAGUCGAAGUUCUCGGCAUUCUAGACCCGUCUACAUUGGAUAUACGAUUACGUGCGUGUGAACCAGUACAGGAAGGGGAGAGAUCAUUUAGAAGACGAUUCAAUAAUAUUCUACAUCCAUUAAAAGACUGGGUCCAUACAGACUCCAAAAUAAUGACCGACUUCACUGUCGAUAAAAGUACGUUGAAUGAAAUGGGCUAUAAUCACGUCUUUCAGUCUUCAUUUUCAGAACAAAGCCCUAGAAAUCUCAUGAGCAAUUUUCAUAUUAUGGAAUAUCUUAGAAAAAUUGUGCCGAGAAUGUUUCAGAACACAUUGAGUUUGCUUAGUAGGCAAAUGAUACAACAGUUCUUAGACGAAUUAAUAUGGAGGGAGAUAUAUGGUGCUACAGCGGAACGCGCAUUUGACAAUCUUAUACGACAUAUCUCGGAGCAAACUAGAAUCGAUUCCAAUGAAUCUCUGCUAGAUCGCUUGACGAAUAUAGCUGCUAAUCCAUUUCAAAAUUGGUCUUAUUCCACGUCAACUGAUACAUCAGUUACAACAUCGAAAGAUUCAACUCCGAUAACUGAUGUAAUAUCUCAGAAACUUCCCGAAACUAUUACAGCAAAAGCACAGCGCAGAGGAAGAAAACGAGGUAUAAUAACUUCAACAGAACAUGAAGCAAAAAGAGCAACAAUUGAUUCUAAAAAUAAUAAAGAAAAAGAAGAUAAAAAUGAAAAAGAUCUGAAAGAUCAAAUUCAACUUCAAGAAUUAUAUUAUGCUACAAUAGAGGGUGAUCAAAAUCUCGUCUUAAAAGAAUUAAGGAUUUCUUUAUAUUUCAAGUGUUUCCUCUGCUCGACUGUAAUGAGAUCUAACACAGAAGUAAUGGAGCAUAUGGUUAGUCAUGUACCACCGCAAGUGCCGGGUCAACCGGAAUUAUCGGUAUGCCGAUAUUGUUGUACUCCGCUAUCGUCUCGGCAUCAAAUGGUUACUCAUGUGUCAGAAACACACAGCAAUUUCGGACAUUCUGAUAGCGUCAUGGUAGUUUGUGCGAUUUGCGAAGAGAAAUUUGGUAAGAGUAAAUCGUUAAUUGAUCAUUUGUCAUUAAUGCAUUAUCCUUCCGAGAUGCCGUAUCAUUGCGAAAAUUGCGGCUAUCGAACAUCCAGUCAUAAGGACAUUAUAGAUCAUUAUUAUAAAGUUCACGAAAAGAGUGAAGGAUUGCAAUGCCCGUAUUGUCUUAAAGUAAUACAUUUUGUGAAUGAAGGCAAGCCGAACGCGUCCAAUGUGUACGCUUACUUAACGCAUAUGCAAAGGCACAUCGUAAGAAGGGAUCAAGGAAAAGGCAACAAAUGUUCAAGAUGCUGUCUCUGGUUCAAUCAAAAGAGUUCCUUAACAUUACAUCAGCGAGAAUUACACGAUCAUGUUUUUAAUUCAAAGGCAGUACCAUAUUCAGCCGGCAACAGUGGCAUAAUGGUCCCAAAAGACGUACUAGAGACGACACGAUUUACUGUAGAUAGUCCUCUACCCGAAUUACCACCGGAUGAAAAAAUACAAAAGUGGGAUACUGGGCCAAUUAUGGUGAAUACUUCUGUCAGAUAUUUGUCCUGCCAGGAAUGUGAAGAAGAUAUUGACGAAGAUGAACAUUAUCCAGGUGAGCAACGAUGUCAACAGUGUCGUUAUGUUACGUGUUGUUGGCGUGCAUUCCAAGAACAUCAACAACAAAUUCAUAAUGAAAGACCGAAGACCAGUCUGAUCGUGCCAUCUCCUUUAGUUAAUAUUCCGCUAGAUAAGAAAUUGCAAUGCUUAUGCGGGUAUACAUCAAUUGAUGGCAACCAAUUAGCGAGACACUUGAUAAAGUGUAAAAAAUUAUCAGCACGUCCCGUUGAUGAAUCGACAUCUGGUAUGCUCAAUAGCUUAGGAUUAGUUCCAAAAACUGCAUCUGAGGUAUGA